AUGGCCGCCGGGGAAGAUCGCCUGCCGCAGCGCCCUGCCCAGCCUGCUGCCCGCGCUGGGCUGCUCCUCCGCUGUGCGCCCGCGUCGGAGGCAAAGGAGAAAGGUUGGAUAAAGCCCUCCCGUGAUCCCGGCUGCGGCCGGGCUCCGUGGCCCUGUGGCCUCCUGGGGAGCCGCUUCCCACCUCCCUGUGCCCUUGGCUGUUUCAAACGUAUCCAGAAACACUUGUUCUGUAGCCGGAGGGGCAGCAGUGCCACCACUCGGGGACGCUUCCCUUGGGCCUUGCUGUCCCUCCCCAGCCCUUUACACUGGGGACGUUGUCGGUCUCUGCUGUUGCCCCUCUGUGUCCUCGGCCAACGCGGCGCUCUUGCUCAGUUCACAGCGAAGCAGCUGGAGAAGUUGGCCAAGAAAGCCGAGAAGGACUCCAAGGCGGAGCAGGCCAAGGUCAAAAAGGCUCUCCAGCAGAAGAAUGUGGAGUGUGCCCGUGUGUACGCGGAGAACGCGAUCCGCAAGAAGAACGAGGGGCUCAACUGGCUCCGCAUGGCGUCCCGCGUGGACGCGGUGGCCUCCAAGGUCCAGACCGCAGUGACGAUGAAGGGGGUGACGAAAAACAUGGCUCAGGUGACCAAGGCCUUGGACAAGGCCCUGAGCUCCAUGGAUCUGCAGAAGGUGUCUGCGGUGAUGGACAAGUUUGAGCAGCAGGUUCAGAACUUGGAUGUUCACACAUCGGUCAUGGAGGACUCCAUGAGCUCGGCGACCACGCUGACCACCCCGCAGGAGCAGGUGGACAGCCUCAUCGUCCAGAUCGCCGAGGAGAACGGCCUGGAGAUCAUGGACCAGCUCAGCCAGCUCCCCGAGGGCGCCUCGGCCGUGGGGGAGAGCUCGGUCCGCAGCCAGGAGGACCAGCUCUCGCGGCGGUUGGCUGCCUUACGGAAUUAGGGUCUCCCUGCGGACUGCUGCC